AUUAUGGUCAUUGCGCACAGAAUGCCUGUACAAACCCCUAAACACCGGGUCCUGUUCCGCCUGCGCUUUAUUUCAUGGCGGUUGGUUGCUCCUGCGCUCCAGCAGAUGGAAAUAUUGAGUCACUGAUUCUUUUGUCUGCAUCCAAAUUCCAAAGACAUGGGCGGCGAAAAUGAAUUUCCUCUCGCUUUGCUGAAAUGAUUGUGCAAAAUUGCAUUUCGGUUUUUUUCCCCACCAGAAAGUAGUGCAUUGGAUAUUACAAAAUUCUGAAUAGAAUGUGACGGCUAAUUUCAAAAUGUACCGGAUUUUCUUCAUUCAAGAGUUGUAUCCAAUACAAUUGCCUAAACCUCCAAACUCAUCCCAAAUAAGAGCAUUAUUGGUGUUUUUAUCUGUUCAUUGUACGCUGCAGUUUAUUCGUUUUAAAUCACUUUCACUUGUUCCUAACUGCCUUUCCUCUUUGAAUACCAUUCAUGUUUGCUCCCUUCAGCGUAAAUGGGCAGCACCAGGGUGAUGCGCCAGUUUUCACUGACGUCACCUGCAGAAGGAUGGAAACAAGUCCUGUGCACUUUGCUCCACAGACGAUGGGAGAGAUGGCGUCCAGAUGAUUAAGCAAAAACAAACAAAUAACUUAAACGGCAAAGCAAGAAACGACUAGAAGGGAUGCGAGACAGAUUAUUGACAUGUGGUACAUUUUUACAUUAUCAUCGCUGCAUUCUAUAAGCUAAACUUUACCGGGGAUACUUGAAAUCUUUUGUCUUUUUUUUGUUUAAACAAGGCGUCUUUUCAUGCUAUGUGGGAGAAGGAUCUUGAUUCGACUGAAAUUGUUGUUUAUGCAUAGAUAAGUACAGAGACCUGCUGGCAGAUUUAGUGUUUUCAACAGCCGUGUUAGCCUCCGCCUCCCGUCCAUCUAACGCUGGACGGCGGAGAGGCACGAGACGGAGAGAAGGGCGAUGGCAGCGGGAGGAGGAUGCGGAGAGACGGUGGAUCAGUGCCGGGAGGAGAUAGAACGGCUCGUCCGGGACCUUGCGGAGGCCAACCGAGAGAAGAUCCGGGCGGCGGAAUGCGGUCUUGUGGUGCUGGAGGAGAACCAGGCUCUGAAGCAGCAGUAUGCGGACUUGGAGGCCGAACAGGAGACGCUGAAGCAGGAGCUGGAACAGCUGCAGGAGGCGUUCGGCCAGGCCUACUCCACUCAGCGCAAGGUGGCAGCGGACGGCGAGUCCAACGAGGAGGUGCUGCUGCAGGAGUCGGCCUCCAAGGAGGCGUACUACAUGGGCCGCCUGCUGGAGCUGCAGGCCGAGGUCAAGCAGUGCCGCUCCCUCACCUCCAACACGGUGGCCGAGAACGAGCGGCUCAGCGCGCUGCUGCAGGAGCUCCGAGAGAGUGAGGAGGUGCUGGAGCUGCAGAGGAGCAGGUUGAAGGAGGAGAUCCAGGAGUACAAGUUCAGGGAGACGCGGCUCCUGCAGGACUACUCUGAGCUGGAGGAGGAGAACAUCUCCCUGCAGAAACUGGUGUCCCAUCUCAAACAGAGCCAGGUCUGUGAGAGAAAGGUGGAGUACGAGGGCCUGAAGCACGGGAUCAAGGUGCUGGAGGAGGAGACGGCGCUGCUCAACAGCCAGCUGGAGGAGGCGCUACGCCUGCGGCAGAUCUCCCAGAGCCAGCUGGAGGAGGCGCUGGACUCCCUGCGGAGCGAGAGGGAGGCGCGCAACGGCCUGCGCAAGGAGCUGGCGCACUACCUCAUCCUGACGGACAGCAUGUACACGGUGGGCGGCCACCUCCUCGACCACGCCGCCCCCGCCGUCGUCCCCGGCAACGACGACGAAGCCAGGUGCAACGGCCACGCCCCCGGAAACGGCACCGCCGCCGGCGACGCCGACGGGACGUCCGAGGCCCCCGGGGGGGAGAGCGGCUCCGCCGGCGGGGAGGGGGAGGCGCCGCCCGCCUCGGACCUCUUCAGCGAGAUGAACCUCAACGAGAUCCAGAAACUGAAGCAGCAGCUGCUGCAGGUGGAGCGGGAGAAGGCGGCGCUGCUGGCCACGCUGCAGGAGUCGCAGGCGCAGCUGCAGCAGAUGCAGGGCGCGCUCGGCGAGCAGCACCGGCGCGUGCGCCGCCUCAGCGAGAGCCUGCUGUCCAUGCGCCGGCUGCAUGGCCCCGCCCGCGGCCACGAGGCCGGCUCCGCCCCCUCGCCCUCCUCGUCCCUGCCGCCCCGUUGCCGUGACUGCGAGCUGGAGGCGCACAGCGUGGAGCUGCUGCAGUGCAAGUACCGGGUGGCGGUGACGGAGGUGGUCGGCCUGCAGGGGGAGCUGAAGGCCCUGCGGGAGACGUACCGGCGCAGCGUGGACUGCCUGGAGGGGGAGCGCGCCCGGGGGGAGGACCGUCUGCGGGCGCUGCACGAGCACGCCGCCCGCCUGGAGCAGAGCCGCCAGGAGGGCCGCGCCAGGAUCGGCGGGCUGGAGGCGGAGCUGCGGGCGGCGGAGGGCGCGGCCAGCGAGGGGCGGGGCAUGCUGAGCGCGGCGCAGGAGGAGCUGGCGGGCCUCAGCGAGGACCUGGCCCAGCUGUACCACCACGUCUGCCUGUGCAACGACGAGACGCCCAGCCGGGUGGCGCUGGACUACUACCGGCAGGGCCGCGCCCCGCCCCGGGGAGGGGGCUGCCCCGCCCUCCGGGGCUCCGACGACGUCCGGGCGCUCCUGUCGCCCCGCCUCGCCCGCCGACUCUCCGCGGCCCCCCCCGCGGACUCCGCGCCGUCCAGAGCCCCGCACUCGUCCUCUUCCUCGUCGUCGUCCUCCUCAUCCUCGCCGGUCCCCGAGCCGGGCCGGGAGCCCCAGAACCUGUACCACCUGCUGGCCGUGGUCCGCGAGCAGGUCAGGCACCUGCAGCGCGCCGUGCACCGCGCCCUGCAGCUGUCCCGCCAGCGGGCCGCCGCCCGCCAGCUCGCCCCCGAGCCCGCCGACCCCGCCCUCGCCCCCGACAAGGACAAGGAGGCCUGCCUGGAGGAGAUCCUCAAGCUCAAGUCCCUGCUCAGCACCAAGAGGGAGCAGGUCGCCACGCUGCGGCUCGUCCUCAAGGCCAACAAGCAGACGGCGGAGGUGGCGCUGGCCAACCUGAAGAGCCAGUACGACGCGGAGAAGGCCAUGGUGACGGGGACCAUGACCAAGCUGCGCAACGAGCUGAAGGCCCUGAGGGAGGACGCCGCCACCUUCUCCUCCCUCAGAGCCAUGUUCGCCACCAGGUGUGACGAGUACAUGACUCAGCUGGACCAGAUGCAGAGGCAGCUGGCGGCGGCGGAGGACGAGAAGAAGACGCUGAACUCGCUGCUGCGCAUGGCCAUCCAGCAGAAGCUGGCGCUGACGCAGCGGCUGGAGGACCUGGAGUGCGACCACGAGCAGACCCGCCGCGGCCGCGCCAGCAAGGUGGCCCGGAUCAAGAGCAGCCCUCCCAAACUGCCCGCGGGGUACAGGGCCCCCACGCUCCCCACCAGCCCCUCCCGCACCCCCUCUGCGCCGGGCAGCCCGCCGGCCCUGGAGGCUCCGCCCACCUCCUCCUCCUCGCCCUGGGCGACGCCGGCGCCCACCUUCCACCUGGGGCACCCGCACUGGACCCUGGGGGUGCAGGCCUUCACGGUGGACCCCCAGCUCUUCAGCGCCGAGGCCUGCCCCUCCUCUCGCCAUUCCCCGCUGGACUCUCGACCCGCCGCCUCCUGCCCCCCGAGUUCUGCCCCCGCCUCCCCGCUGAGGGCGCGGCACCCGCCCCACGGUGCCGCCAGGACACACCCCCUCGCCGAUGCCGCGCGCUCGGGCUCCGCGGUCACCCCUCCCCCCAGGCCCAGCCAGCCUGGUCCCUAUGCCUACAACUCCCAUCAUGCCCAGCACUGACUCCUGUCAUGGAAUGGGGGGAGGGGCCUGUGAUACAGAAAGGAGCAUAAAUAUAAAUGUAAACACAGGAGAACAGGCUAGUUCCCUGUCUCCUGCUUCCUGUUUCCUGUACCUCAGGCCCUGUGCGUGCUGGUUGUGAACGUGCCUUCCUGUAGUUACUGUUGAUCAGUCCACAGGACCUCCCACCUUCUCAGGCCUCUGGAUUCGCCUGUUUGCGAUUCACUUUUGUGGGGCCAGAAGCAUUUGACAGCAUUCCUCCUCGCCACGGCAACUAACGAUGAGCAUUGUCAGCCACGCCAUCCGCAGUCGGGACAGAUACCAGCCCUAUCAAACAGAUGGAGCCAUGGAACGUACGCUUGUACCGUGUUUCAGAAACUGCUAACCAGCGGUAAUGGCCUAAACAAAAUACAGUUUGCCCGAAAUGUUUGAACAGUCCGGGCUGUUCAGGGAUGAGCAAAUCUUUCUGUACGAAGGCAUGAAUGUAUUUUCGUAGUGCCUCGGUAAAGAAGAAGCCAGGCGUACGUCAGCAGUCCCGCGCACAGGCCCCCUCACUCAGCUACUCGAGUCGGCCUGCCGCCGUUUCAGCCAUUUUGCCUCCUCGGCCAGUGUUUUCCUGAGAAGGGCGGGAUUGUGACGCCCAUCGGAUGGGAUCUGUGCAACCCUCUGAAGCCACCAGGGGGCGCCACACCAGGGCUGGCCCAGGUGACCUGCAGAAACGUUGAGGGGCAGGGUGCAGAAACCAGUGGCGGAGCUUUCCGUUCAAAAAAAGCCUCAUUUGCCAGUGGCUCACGCAAGCAAACCGCACAACGAGAACUGGAGUUGUGGUUGGCGGUGUAGUUUGGUCCCUCUUGAGGGGAAAACUUUUGUUUUCAUUCAUUGCUCUGAAUGGUCAUACACCACCAUCACAGGACUUCCUUCCCACCAACAAGGACUUUACCCACCUUGGGCCUUCUGCUGUAGGCCUCCAGUUGGUCCUUAACUUCAGAAGAUGACAGUCUGUGCCUUGUACAGUUUCACAGCAUUAAAUCGCUUUCUGAUACGUA